CUCCUGCUGUGUCAACAAUUUGCUCUGAAAAAUUGUCUGACAGGUGAAUGCACUGUUUGACUAGUGAGUCUAGAACACUGCGCAUCUGAGUUUUCGCUCGUGCAUGAUUGCGCGUCCAUGUUUUUCGAAUGGGUGGAGUCAGGGCCAGCGUUGGAGGAGAGAAGGUGUGUUUACGAAGAGGGUGUGUUACUCCGAGAGUUUAAAUGCUUUGCUUGUGAGGGAGACUGACAAGAGCCACAAGAACCCGCGCAAACAACGAGGACUGACACGCGCGAGACCAUGCGGAGCAGCAAUCAGUGUGAAAGCGGAGAAUCUCACAGCACGAGCAACAGCGCGAGACACCUCCAGCACAGCGCGAUGAGUCCAGCACACAGCUCCACACUGAUACUCGCAGUCCUCUUCAUCUCCUUGAUACCAAUCACCAAAAGUGCUCCAGUGCUAUUUAAUCCAUCCUCAAUAGAACAUGACCAGUUCAUUACCCAGAUAACCGAUUUUUGCUCAUUCUUCCUCUCUGCAGACCCAUCAUUUAGAACCUCUGAUGUUCUAGGGGACCUGUGUUUCCUAAUGCUGGGAUCACUGCAAAAAUCUAAGGAGAUCACAGCUCGUGAGAUCAGCAAACGGUUUUUAUUUCAUUACACUAAACCAAAUGGUGCUGGAUUGUCAGAUGGCACGUCCACUGUCUUGCACCCUCUUCUGGAGCUCAUACCCCAGCUUGCCAGAAGAAGAAGCAGGAGAAUGAAAUUAAAUGAGGAUAUUCAAGGGCCUGGCCGGAUCCAGAACAGAGGGUACUUCCUUUAUCGGCCACGAAAUGGAAGAAGAUCUGCUGAAUAUGUGUAAAACAAUAAAGAAUCAAAAGCUCAGUAACAACAGACCCUGUCCCGCAGCUGUACUGAUCCAGAGUAAGACGACCUAAAACAUCACAUCACACUCAUUCCAGAGAACUCUCCCUCAUUAAAUCGUGAUGUUGAAUGUACAGACAGAACCCAAUUAAAGUAUUUUAUUGGUUAAAACAUCCUGUUUGUAUAACUGUACUGUGUCUUUUGAAUUAAAAGCAUUAUAAAAUGUUUCCUCAUUGUGGCAGUGUGAUUUUGACCAAAUUGCUUUUCAUGUACAGUAUCUGAAUUAUUCGACCGAAGAGCAAGAAAUAAAAAUCUGUUUCUCAGU